GCUGCCGGCGGCGGCGGGCGCGGAGCACACGGCGGCGGCGGCGCGGGGUCCGCACCAUGGGCGGCGGCUGCUGGCGGCUGCUGGGCGUCGUGUGCCCGCUGCUCCUGCACCUCGCCGCGAGCCAGGAGCCCGUCAGCAUGGCGGGACAGUGCGACACCAUCUACAAGGGCUUCGCCGAGUGCCUCCUCAGCCUGGGGGAGAGCAUGGCCCGGAGCGUCCGGCAGCAGCAGCAGGAGGAGGGCGGCGACGAGGCGCAGGAGCUGGACGCCAUCUGCAAGUCCUGGGAUGACUUCCACACCUGCGCCAGCGAGGCGCUGUCGCGAUGCCCCGUGGAAGCGGCCACCGUCUGGGAGUCGCUGCGCCAGGAGUCCCGCAAGAUCCAGUUCCAGGGGAACCUGCAGGAGCUGUGCAGCGCCCGGGGCCGCCUGGCCAGCGCCCAGAGCUCGCCGGCCUCUGAGACCAACCAGGCCACGCUGCGGGGCUCGGCCACCGCCCUGCACCCCCGUCUGCUGGCCCUGCUGGCCCUGCUGGCCCUGCCGCUGCUGCUGCCCCGGCUCUAGCCCUGCUCGCCCACGGGGUGCCCAGGUGAUGCCGGGUCGGUUCCCCCGGUUGCUGGCCGGUCCCCGCCACGCCCACCUCCCUCCCGGGCAUCCCUCGCGGGGCACGGUCCUCUCCUGCAGCACUUCAGAUGGAUUUAUAUUUAUAUUAAAAGACACUUUUACAUUU